AUGGAUUCCGGAGCGGCCUCCCCUGAGAAGCAGGGCAAAGACACUCUAGUGGGCAUCAGCAGUAACCGGCUGGGCGUCUGCGGCUGGAUCCUGUGGUCCCUCUCUAUGCUGUUGAUGAUCAUUACCUUCCCCAUUUCCAUAUGGAUGUGUUUGAAGAUCAUUAAGGAGUAUGAACGAGCUGUUGUCUUCCGACUGGGACGCAUCCAAGCCAACAAAGCCAAAGGGCCAGGCUUGAUCCUCGUCCUGCCCUGCAUUGACGUGUUUGUCAAGGUGGAUCUCCGAACUAUUACUUGCAACAUUCCCCCACAAGAGAUCCUCACCAGAGACUCCGUGACUACUCAAGUGGAUGGAGUUGUCUACUACAGGAUCCACAGCGCCGUCUCGGCAGUGGCCAAUGUCAACGAUGUCCAUCAAGCCACCUUUCUACUGGCUCAGACCACGCUGAGAAACGUCUUAGGGACACAGACUUUGUCCCAGAUCUUAGCCGGCCGUGAAGAGAUUGCCCAUAGUAUCCAGACCUUACUCGAUGAUGCCACGGAGCUCUGGGGAAUCCGGGUGGCCCGCGUGGAGAUCAAAGACGUCCGCAUCCCACAGCAGUUACAGAGAUCUAUGGCGGCCGAAGCCGAAGCUACCAGGGAAGCCCGGGCCAGGGUCGUGGCAGCUGAAGGAGAAAUGAACGCUUCCAAAUCUCUCAAGUCAGCCUCCAUGGUGCUGGCUGAAUCCCCCAUUGCUUUGCAAUUGCGGUACCUGCAAACGCUGACCACAGUGGCCACGGAGAAGAAUUCCACUAUUGUCUUUCCUCUGCCCAUGAACAUCCUGGAGGGGAUUGGGGGGAUUUGCUACGACAACCAUAAGAAGGUUCCCCAGAAAGCCUGAGGUUGCCCCGCAAGUAGCCAGCCCAUUGUCUAGAGAGUCUGAUCUAUUUCUACUGAGCACCCAGCCAUUAGAAGUGUCAAGAACACAGGCAGUUCAAGCAGUGUAACUCCAUAGCUGGCAUUGGGUCAGCGGUGAAAUGGUAGAGUACCGCUGCAAAAAUGACUUUUCUUUGUAAGAGCCUAAACGCCUUUGCACUAUGCUAGCCAUCCCUCACUGAAGUUGUC